ACCCGCGCCGUAGCCAUUUUAUUUCUCUGUAGCGUUUGAGACGGUCGCCUUACUGUACCUCAACUAUCUCAAGCUUCUCGUUCAAGCAUUUUUAAUUUUUUAAUUUUUUAUACUUUAUACUUUAAACAUGAGGGAGAUCGUACACAUUCAAGCCGGUCAAUGCGGUAACCAAAUUGGAGCCAAGUUCUGGGAAAUUAUUUCUGAUGAACACGGCAUUGACCCAACUGGAGCCUACCAUGGAGAUUCUGAUCUUCAAUUAGAACGUAUUAAUGUAUACUACAAUGAAGCAUCAGGUGGAAAGUAUGUACCUCGUGCCAUUUUGGUUGAUUUGGAACCUGGUACCAUGGACUCCGUCCGAUCUGGACCAUUCGGUCAAAUUUUCAGACCAGACAACUUUGUCUUUGGACAAUCAGGUGCUGGAAACAAUUGGGCUAAAGGUCAUUACACAGAGGGUGCUGAGCUUGUAGAUUCAGUAUUAGAUGUUGUCAGGAAAGAAGCUGAGAGCUGUGAUUGCCUCCAAGGUUUCCAAUUGACACAUUCCUUAGGUGGUGGUACUGGUUCUGGUAUGGGAACCUUAUUGAUCUCCAAAAUCCGUGAAGAAUACCCAGACAGAAUUAUGAACACGUAUUCUGUUGUACCCUCUCCAAAAGUAUCAGACACUGUUGUAGAACCCUACAAUGCUACCCUUUCAGUUCACCAAUUGGUUGAAAAUACUGAUGAAACCUAUUGUAUUGACAACGAAGCGUUGUACGACAUUUGCUUCCGUACAUUAAAACUUACAACACCAACAUAUGGUGACUUAAACCACUUGGUCUCUUUGACCAUGUCUGGAGUGACCACUUGUCUCAGGUUCCCUGGUCAAUUGAACGCUGAUCUCCGUAAACUCGCUGUCAACAUGGUUCCUUUCCCCAGGUUACAUUUCUUCAUGCCUGGUUUUGCACCUCUUACAUCUCGUGGAAGUCAACAAUAUAGAGCACUAACCGUACCCGAACUUACCCAACAAAUGUUUGACGCCAAAAACAUGAUGGCAGCAUGUGACCCAAGACAUGGACGUUAUCUAACAGUAGCGGCUGUAUUCCGUGGCCGUAUGUCCAUGAAGGAGGUCGAUGAACAAAUGUUAAACAUCCAAAACAAAAAUUCGAGCUACUUCGUUGAAUGGAUUCCUAACAAUGUUAAAACUGCAGUGUGUGAUAUUCCUCCAAGAGGUCUUAAAAUGUCUGCUACAUUCAUUGGUAACUCAACAGCUAUCCAAGAGUUGUUCAAGAGAAUCAGUGAACAGUUCACUGCUAUGUUCAGACGUAAGGCUUUCUUGCAUUGGUACACUGGUGAAGGUAUGGAUGAGAUGGAAUUCACUGAAGCCGAAUCUAACAUGAAUGAUUUAGUAUCUGAAUACCAACAAUAUCAAGAAGCUACCGCUGAUGAGGAAGCUGAAUUUGAUGAAGAACAGGAACAAGAAGUUGAUGAAAACUAGACUUUUUAUAAACAUUUAGCUUUAAAAUGUCAUUUUUGUUACUUUUUAUUUAAAAAAAAGUUCUGUAUAUUAA